AUGCCUAAUCUGGCACUGUCACUCGAUGAAAUCAACGAAAAGGACCUUGGUGAACUAAAAUCAUUGACUGCACAAAAAUCUCUCGGUAUUCUCGAGCAUAUUCAAGCUUUACUGCGGGAGCACGAUGUCGAUCUACCUGCUGAUAAUAGAGAGUCUAAUUCCCCUCAAAUUGCUCUUGGCACACGAGACCUCACUGUAUUGCGGACUCUAGCAUCUGUCGUAUUCGGCUGGGGCACAACACCCUUGCUCGUGGCUUUAUAUCCUCAAGUUGGCUCAUUAUCGACUGGCAAUCUUCCGGAUAAAUCUAUCCUAAUCCCAGAAAUCAAUCUGCUAACAGUACGAUUGGUCUCACUAAUUUGGCCUUCUGAUGGUGGAGCUGGAACAUCUUCCCAAUCGACCCGACCAUUCCCAUCGCAUAUCACUAAAAUACUCACCACAUCUCACGUUGUUGACAUAUUACGACUGGGCAUUAGUAUUGGGUGGCUUCCAGAACCAGAUAACCAGAUGCAAGAAAUGGUCUAUAAGUUACUCAAAAUGUUACCCGCUUCGCAGGCAAUUGUAUCUCUCGGUAGUGUGAGUCAGCCCAUACGAGCAUCGCCUGAAAGCGGGCCUUUGUCUCUACCGGCCCCGCCUUAUCUCCAGAAAGCGACCUCGGGGCUGUUGUCCCAGCAAGUCUUGCGGCCGGACGGGGUCUCUGGGCUAUGUGCUGCUGUGUUUGGAGAGGCCGAUGAAGUUGCACCGUUGGUAAAAUUAGAGCGCAUAGCUCGAGUGUUGGGAGCAGUGCCCUCCCAUAUGAAUCGCGAGGUAUAUAUGCGGACAAUCAUCCCCAAUAUAAUCACUCUCCUUUCGCCACCCAAGCUAGAGUUCCAAUCUCAAUCCGUCCCAACAUCGUACAGGCAAGCGGCAGCAUUCACACUAUCCAGAUUGUUCAAAAUAUCCAAGUCCCUCACUCUCAAAAUUGCAUCGCCAAUGAUACACGGCCGAUUCUUCUAUGAGCCCACUCCAUCCUUAGAAACUCCAUCGCUAUCAGAUACUAUAACAACCCUCACCACGCUCUUCACGUCGACAGACCCAUCACCUUUCCUUGCUCAAGUAGUUAUCGAGCCUAUUCUCGUCCCUUUAUAUAAUCUAUUAGCACACCUUGACGCGCAGCGUAUUUCAGACCCAACUCUGAAGGAAUUAGCGCGUGGUCUGAUUAAGACGUGGGCACGCCUCGUGGGUCGUGAAGAAGCAGUUGAAGGCCUAUGGUCGGUUAUACAGGGCACCGGAGGAUGGGGCGUUGGGGGUGAGGCAAAAUGGUGUUGGGAUGUAGGGGAAGAAGGUUUGGAAAUAUCGAAGACCGGCCCACCUAAACCUAUUCCACUCUCGGUAUUGCAAGGGCCCGAUGACAAUGGAGAACUAGGCGACGAGGAGGAUGAUAAUCCUCUAUCUCUUCGUCCAGCUCCAACCCAUUUUGGGGAGCUACUCAAGUCGCUCGAAAGAAAAGAUGUUGCGAGUGCAAUAUUUGUCAAAACCUUGAACGCGUAUCAAGCCUCCAAGGUGAUGGAUACAGAUCCUUUAAAGAAGCCUGAGUAUCUUGCGCAGGAUCCACUGCGAAUUGUCGAAGCGGACAGUGAUGACGAAGAUAGAGUUGACGAACCUCAAGCUGAAGAUGAGAUGGUGCUAACAGCUGUGACAUUAUUGCUGGCUCUGCUAGAAGCGAACGAAAAAAUGUCGACUCUCACAUCUCCUCUAUUGGCUGUGAUAUUUGAUUAUAUUGAGCCAAUAACCAACCAUAACGAUGAAUCUCUCCGCUCAUUAGCUCGGGAAGCUCGACUUGUUUUGAUUUCUCGUCGAUCUAUUGCGGAAGUUGGCCCUUUGGCCACCGAUGCUGGACGCCCGGCACUUCAAACCUACCAAGAAGCCCUUCGACUAAUCCAGGACCCCAUUUUACCCGUGCGAGCGCAUGGGCUACAUAUGCUUCGGCAGCUCGUAGUUCCACCAAAACCAGCAAAAGGCACACCCCCUAUAGCACCACCAGAGCUGAAUGCAGCCCUUAUCCCGGCCAUACUUGAUGUCUUUUUACAGUCCAUACAAGAAGAAGAUAGUUUCGUAUUUUUAAAUGCCGUUCAAGGUCUGUCUGCGAUGGCCAAUAGGCUUGGAAGGGAGAUCAUUCAAAAUCUCGUAAGGAUAUAUGCGGAUGGGGUCGAGUCCGGCCACCCGAUAGAACGGGCCGAAAUGGACAAACGGGUGCGAGUUGGAGAGGCACUUGUACAGGUAGUUCGUAGCUGUGGAGAUGCUCUCGGGAAUUACGUGGACAUGCUUGUUCCAUCAUUGUUCCGAGUGACACGAGCACAUAAUCUACCGACUAUUCUGCGCUCGUCAGCACUAUCAAUACUGUCUCAGUGUGUAGAGACAUCUCCGGUAUCCGUCACAGGGUGGACAGAAGAUAUUCUCUCGGGAAUGCUAGACAUCCUGCAACUCGAGAGCGUUCAAGCUGUGCCAUUGUCUCGUAAAGCUAGAGAAGAAGCGCGACAGAAGGAGGAAACAAAGUUCGACUUGAGCGUUGAUUCAAACCCUCAAGAAGUCGAUUCGAAACUACCACCACUUCGUCGCUCGGCACUGGUUUGUUUCGCACUGGUUGUGCGCUCCAUGGUAGAAGGCGUGUACGAGGACACCCGCCCAGCACAGCUGGGAAAUUUACGAAGCAAAGCGAUCACUGUUCUAGAAUAUGUAAGAUUAACGGAUAGUGACUCUGUUACUCGUACACAAGCCGCAGAAACACUAUCGUUGGUCAAGCAGCUUGGACGAGCAGAGCUUGGACUGGAUGUGUAA